GGCUGGACACAAAUCAGCAAAUGUUUAGCUGAAGUGUGAAUAAUUCAAGCGUGCAUGAAGAGGCGUGCUUUCUGAAGAGACAAAACGUGAGAAUAAAAAAAUUCUUCAAACAUUUGCAUCAGCCUUAGAGGACAAUGCGAGCAGCAGGAUUUGAAACAGAUUUGCAGAUGCACUCUUUUUAGACAGGGAGAAUGCUCAUUAUAUGCAAGAUGCUUCUGUGGCUCAUGUGUUUGCACGGAGGUAGAGGUUUGCAAGACUGACGUAUCGGAUAAAGUCAGAGUGGUUACCACACCGACGGUGUAGCAGCUGCAUAAUAAAUGAUGGAGAGAAUCAUGUUAGGCAUGCCCACCUAACCUAACUUGAAUCAUGCGAAAGGGGAGCUGCUGGAAUUCAAAUAGACUUUCUGGUUCCCAGCAGUCGGCAGUAAUAGAAUGCUUUCAGGAAGAUGACAGAUGCAGGGGAAAGAUGCUGUUUUGCACUAUCUUGAUUUGUUACGGCAGCCAACUUAUUGGCAUGAUGGAGUGACAAGAAAAGCAGCUGGCAUGGAAGAUGAACGGGAAGAUGUUCAAAAGAAAACAUUCACAAAAUGGAUAAAUGCACAAUUUGCUAAGUUUGGAAGACGUUACAUUGAAGAUAUUUUUAAUGAUUUUCGAGAUGGACGAAGACUUCUGGAGCUCCUGGAAUGUUUUACAGGCCAAAAACUUGCAAAAGAAAAGGGGUCCACAAGAGUUCAUGCUCUGAACAAUGUCAACAAAGCACUCCAGGUUUUGCAGAGAUAUAAUGUUGAUUUGGUAAAUAUUGGGAGCUCAGACAUUGUGGAUGGAAAUCAUAAGCUGACCCUUGGUUUGAUCUGGAAUAUAAUUCUCCACUGGCAGGUCAAAGAUGUAAUGAAAAACAUCAUGGCUGGACUGCAGCAGACAAACAGUGAAAAGAUUCUGCUGAGCUGGGUCCGCCAAUCGACUCGUAAUUACCCACAGGUCAAUGUUAUCAAUUUCACCAGUAGCUGGUCUGAUGGAUUGGCAUUUAAUGCACUGCUCCACAGUCACAGACCAGACCUGUUUGAUUGGAACGCUGUUGCUUCUCAGCAGUCACCUGUGCAAAGAUUAGACCAUGCAUUCAGCAUAGCCAGGAAACACCUGGGCAUAGAGAAACUCCUUGAUCCUGAAGAUGUUGCAACUGCCUGUCCAGAUAAGAAGUCUGUGUUUAUGUACGUGACUUCUCUGUUCCAAGUUCUGCCCCAGCAAGUGACUAUGGAAGCCAUCAGGGAGGUGGAGAUGUUGCCACGACACUCAAGGGUCACUACAGAAGAGCACAUACAAGUACAUCAUCAACAGCUUUUUUCACAAGAAUUUUUAGAAACUGUUGAAGAAAAGACAUACAGCACCAUGCGGAUGGGACCUGAAAUGGAUCUUGAAAACUACCAAACUGCUUUAGAGGAAGUACUCACAUGGCUUCUCUCUGCUGAAGAUGCAUUACAAGCACAAGGAGACAUAUCCAAUGAUGUAGAAGUUGUUAAAGAACAAUUUCACACCCAUGAGGGUUUUAUGAUGGAGUUAACAGCUCACCAAGGACGUGUCGGCAAUGUUUUGCAAGUGGGAAGUCAACUUUUAACAAUUGGAAAACUUUCAGAUGAUGAAGAGAAUGAAAUCCAAGAACAAAUGAAUCUACUUAAUUCUCGAUGGGAAAGUCUUAGGGUAGCAAGUAUGGAAAAACAAAGCAAUUUACAUAAAAUUCUAAUGGAUCUGCAGAAUCAGCAGCUAGCACAGUUAGCUGACUGGUUGACAAAAACAGAAGAAAGGACUAAGAAAAUCGAUUUGGAGCCCUUAGGUCCAGAUCUAGAAGACCUAAAACAUCAAGUAGAAGAACAUAAGGCAUUUCAGGAAGAUUUGGAACAGGAACAAGUCAAGGUGAAUUCUCUAACCCAUAUGGUGGUGGUGGUGGAUGAAAACAGUGGAGACAGAGCUACUGCUGCACUGGAAGAACAGCUUCAGCGCUUUGGAAACCGGUGGGCAGCCAUCUGCAGAUGGACAGAAGAACGAUGGGUCCUUUUGCAGGAUAUUCUACGUAAAUGGCAGCACUUUGCAGAAGAGCAAUGCCUUUUUGAUGCAUGGCUUACUGAGAAAGAGGAUGCUGUGAGAGAAAUUCAUACAACUGGCUUUAAAGAUCAAAAUGAAACACUGACCAGUCUACGCAAAUUAGCUAUCCUAAAAGGAGAUCUAGAAAUGAAAAGGCAAAUGAUGGGUAAGCUGAAGUCACUCAGCCAAGACCUCCUUGUAGCUGUGAAAAAUAAAGCAGUGGCUCAAAAGCUGGAAAGUCGUCUUGAAAAUUUUGCCCAGCGCUGGGAGAGCCUUGUACAGAAGGUGGAGAGCUACUCUAAACAGAUUUCACAGACUGUCACUACCACUCAGACAUCACUAACACAGACAACUGUAAUGGAAACUGUAACUAUGGUGACCACAAGAGAACAUAUCCUGGUUAAGCAUGCUAAAGAGGAGCUCCCACCACCUCCACCCCACAAAAAAAGGCAACUCCUUGUGGAUUCAGAAAUUAGGAAGAGGUUUGACUCAGAUACAACAGAGCUCCACAGCUGGAUGACCCGGUCAGAAGCAGUGCUUCAGAGUCCUGAGUUUGCAAUGUAUCGAAAAGAAGGCAAUCUCUCAGAUCUCAGAGAAAGAGUCAAUGCCAUCCAGCGGGAAAAGCCUGAGAAGUACAGAAAACUGCAAGAUGCCAGCAGAUCAGCUGAGGCCCUUGUGGAACAGAUGGUGAAUGAGGGUCUGAAUGCUGACAACAUUAGACAGGCAUCAGAGCAGCUGAAGAGCCGCUGGAUUGAGUUCUGUCAGUUGCUGAGUGAAAGACUGGCAUGGCUGGAGUACCAAAAUAACGUCAUUGACUUCUACUCCCAGCUGCAGCAACUGGAACAGACAGCAGUUACUGCAGAAAACUGGCUGAAAGCACAACCCACACCAGCAACAGACCCUGCUACAGUAAAAACUCAGCUGGAAAAAUGCAAGGAUGAAAUCAUUCGAAUGUCAACCCUUCAGCCUCAAAUUGAACGGCUAAAGGCUCAAAGUCAAGCACUCAAAGAGAAGGAGCAAGGGCCAGUGUUUCUAGAUGCUGACCUGGCUGCUUUUACCAGUCAUUACCAAAAAAUACUUGCUGACAUGCAUGCCAGAGAAAAGCAGCUACAGACCAUUUCUGACAGUUUGCCUCCUGCACACUACAAAGAGACAAUGAACACUAUACUUGUGUGGAUCCAGCAGUCAGAAACUAAACUCUCCAUGCCUCAGGUUGCAGUUGCUGAAUAUGAAAUCAUGGAGCAGAGACUCAGGGACCUCAAGGCUCUACAAAGUUCUCUGCAAGAGCAGCAAAAGGGCCUGAACUAUCUCAGCACAGCUGUGGAAGACAUAUCCAGGAAAGCCCCUGCAGAAGUCAGCCAAAGAUAUCGAUCAGAGAUUGAGGUGAUCCUUGGCCGUUGGAAGAAAUUAUCAGCGCAGCUGGUGGAACAUUGCCAAAAACUUGAGGAGCUUAUGACCAAACUCCAGCGAUUCCAGAAUGACACUAAAACAUUGAAGAAGUGGAUGGCUGAAGUAGAUGUUUUUCUGAAAGAAGAGUGGCCUGCCCUUGGUGAUUCAGAAGCACUGGAAAAACAACUUGAGCAAUGUACAGCUUUAGUAAAUGAUAUCCAGACAAUCCAGCCCAGUUUGAACAGUGUUAAUGAAGUUGGGAAGAAAAUGAAGAGUGAAGCAGAGCCAGAAUUUGCUUCCAGAAUAGAGAAAGAACUAAAGGAUCUCAAUGUUCAGUGGGAACACAUUUGCCAACAGGCCUAUGAUAAGAAGACAGCGUUAAAAGGUGGUUUGGAUAAAACUGUGAGUCUCCGAAAAGAUUUGUCAGAGAUGCAUGAAUGGAUAACACAAGCUGAGGAAGAAUAUCUGGAAAGAGAUUUUGACUAUAAAACACCUGAUGAAUUACAGAAUGCUCUUGAGGAACUGAAGAGAGCAAAGGAGGAAGCCAUGCAGAAAGAAGUGAAAGUGAAACUUAUUACUGAUUCUGUGAAUAAUUUUAUAGCAAAGGCUCCACCUGCAGCUCAUGAGGCUUUGAAAAAGGAGCUUGAUGUUCUAAUUACCAGCUACCAGCGACUCUGCAGCAGACUGAAUGGAAAGUGCAAAACUUUGGAGGAGGUAUGGGCAUGUUGGCGUGAAUUAUUGUCGUAUUUGGAUGCAGAAAAUAAAUGGUUGAAUGAGGUUGAACUGAAACUCAAGGCAACUGAAAAUAUCCAGGGAGGUGCAGAAGAGAUUUCUGAGUCUCUGGAUUCUUUGGAACGUUUAAUGAGACAUCCAGAAGACAACCGCAAUCAAAUUCGGGAAUUAGCUCAGACUUUAACUGAUGGUGGAAUCUUGGAUGAAUUGAUCAAUGAGAAACUUGAGAAGUUUAAUACUCGAUGGGAAGAAAUUCAGCAGGAGGCUGUGAGAAGACAAAAGAGUCUUGAACAGAGUAUUCAAUCUGCCCAGGAGACUGACAAAACCCUACGCUUAAUCCAGGAGUCUCUUGCUGUUAUUGACAAACAGCUAACAGCCUACAUUGCAGACAGAGUUGAUGCAGCACAGGUCCCUCAGGAAGCACAGAAAAUACAAUCCGAAUUAACAAGCCAUGAGAUUAGUUUGGAAGAAAUGAAGAAACGAAACCAGGGUAAAGAUGCUGCCAAAAGAGUGCUUUCCCAAAUUGAUGUGGCACAGAAAAAGCUGCAAGAUGUCUCCAUGAAGUUUCGCUUGUUUCAAAAGCCAGCCAAUUUUGAACAGCGCCUACAAGAAUGUAAAAGAAUUUUAGAUGAAGUGAAAUUGCAGGUGCCCAAGUUGGAGACGAAGAGUGUUGAGCAGGAAGUAGUACAAUCUCAGCUGGAUCAUUGCAUGAAAUUAUAUAAAAGCCUAAGUGAAGUGAAGUCUGAAGUGGAAACAGUGAUAAAAACUGGGAGGCAGAUUGUUCAAAAACAGCAGACUGAGAACCCAAAAGAACUGGACGAAAGGCUUACAGCUUUGAAGUUGCAAUAUAAUGAAUUGGGUGCAAAGGUGACAGAAAAAAAGCAAGAGUUAGAGAAAUGCUUGAAAUUGUCCCGGAAGCUACGGAAAGAAAUUAAUGCUAUGACAGAAUGGCUUGCAGCAACAGAUGCAGAAUUGACAAAGAGAUCAGCUGUGCACGGGAUGCCUAGUAAUUUGGAUGCUGAAAUUGCCUGGGGCAAGGCAACACGGAAGGAGAUUGAGAAACGCCAGGUCCAGCUCAAGAGCAUCAGUGAUUUAGGAGAGAAUUUGAAGACAGUGCUGAAAGGGAGGGAAAGUCUAGUGGAGAACAAGCUCAUCCUCCUGAACAGUAAUUGGAUAGCAGUAACAUCACGUGCUGAGGAAUGGUUCAAUCUGUUACUGGAAUAUCAAAAGCACAUGGAGGCUUUUGAUCAGAAUCUAGCUAAUGUCACAACUUGGAUGUAUCGUGCUGAAAUACUGUUGGAUGAAUCUGAUAAACAAAAACCCCACCAAAAAGAGGAAAGUCUUAAGCGCUUAAAGGCUGAGCUGAAUGAUAUGCAUCCAAAGGUGGACUCUGUGCGUGACCAGGCGAUAGACUUGAUGACAAACCGUGGAGAUCACUGCAGGAAAGUAAUAGAGCCUAAACUGUCAGAGCUCAACCAGCGAUUUGCAACUAUAUCACAAAGAAUUAAGAGUGGAAAGCCCUUCAUUCCUUUGAAGGAACUGGAGCAAUUUGACUUCGAUAUACAAAAAAUGCUUGAACCGCUGGAGGUUGAAAUUCAGCAGGGCGUGAAUCUGAAGGAGGAGGACUUCAAUAAAGAUAUGAGUGAAGAAGACGAAAGCACAGUGAAAGAAUUGCUGCAAAGGGGUGACACACUUCAAAAGAGAAUCACGGAUGAGAGAAAACGUGAGGAAAUAAAGAUAAAACAACAGCUGUUGCAGAGUAAACAUAAUACUCUCAAGGACUUGAGAUCUCAAAGAAGAAAAAAGGCUUUAGAGAUUUCUCAUCAAUGGUAUCAGUACAAGAGGCAGGCUGAUGACCUAAUGACAUGGCUGGAUGACAUUGAGAAAAAGUUAGCCAGUCUACCAGACCACAGAGAUGAGCAGAAGCUAAAGGAGAUUGAUGGAGAAUUGGAGAAGAAGAAGGAAGAUCUGAAUGCGGUGCACAGGCAAGCUGAACGCUUGUCUAAGGAUGGGGCUGCAAAAGCAGUGGAGCCAACCCUGAUACAGCUCAGCAAGCGCUGGCGAGAUUUUGAGAGCAAAUUUACUCAGUUUCGAAGACUCAACUAUGCACAAAUUCAAACAGUUCAUGAAGAUACAACUUCUGUGGUGACCGAAACUAUGACUGUGAAAACUACUUACGUGCCUUCUACAUACCUGGAAGAGAUCCUUCACCUUCUGCAAGCCUUGUCUGAAGUAGAAGAGAGCCUUAAUUCUCCUGUUCUGCAGGCUAAGGAUUAUGAGGAUCUCUUCAAACAAGAAGAGUGUCUUAAGAGCAUUAAAGAUAGCCUGGAGAGACUGCUGGGUCAUGUAGACAUUAUUAACAAAAAGAAGAUGCCAGCUUUGCAAAGUGCUACACCGAGGGAAGCAGCAAAUAUACAAGAAAAGAUGACUCAGCUUAAUCUUCAAUGGGAAAAAGUUAACAAGAUGUACAGGGACCGACAGGCACGGUUUGACAAAUCUUUGGAAAAGUGGCGGCUUUUUCAUUGUGACAUGAAAGGCUUUAAUCAUUGGCUGUCUGAAACUGAAGAGAAGCUGUCAAGAGCGCAGAUAGAGGCUGGAGAUGUGGGUCAUAUGAAAACCAGCCAAUUUCUCCAGGAGCUUCAGGAUGGCAUUGGGAGACAGCAAACUGUUGUCAAAACAUUGAAUGUAACUGGUGAAGAAAUUAUUGGGCAGUCAUCAACAGCAGAUGCUAAGGUGCUGAAGGAACAGCUGGAAAGUUUGAACACCCGGUGGCAGGAGAUCUGCAGACAGUUAGUUGAGAAAAAAAAGAGGCUAGAGGAAGAAAAGAAUAUUUUAUCAGAAUUGCAAGAGGACUUGGACAAGUUGAUUUUAUGGUUAGAGGAAGCAGACAGAACUGUUGAUACUCCCCUUGAACCAGGGAAUGAAGACCAGUUAAGAGACUGCCUUAGCAAAGUAAAGUUAAGAGCUGAAGAGCUGCCGCCCCACAAGGGAAUACUGAAACGAUUAAAUGAAACUAGAGGAACAGCGCUUGCAAGUGCAUCACUGAACCCAGACAAAAAACAUAAGCUAGAGAGUACGCUGAAGGAGGCUAACCAUCGCUUGUUGAAGGUGUCCAAAGAUCUCCCAGAGAAACAAAAAGAAAUAGAGAUUCUGCUAAAGGAUUUCAUUGAACUUGAUCAACAACUAAAUCAGGUGAUAUUGUGGGUAACGCCUGUCAAGAACCAGUUGGAGCUUUAUAACAAAGUGGGUCAGCCAGGAGCUUUUGAUAUAAAGGAAACUGAAGCAGCAGUGCAGGCUAAACAGCCGAAUGUGGAAGAGGUUUUGUCUAAAGGGUGUCAUUUAUAUAAGGAAAAACCAGCCACUCAUCCAGUAAAGAAAAAAUUAGAAGACUUGAAUGCUGACUGGAAGGCAAUAAACCACUUAAUUCAACAGCUAAAGGAAAAACCAGCAUUAGCAGCAUUUGGCCUUUUCUCUUCAAGUGUCUUAACUUCUGGUGAAACUGUUGCUGUGGAUACACAAACCAGGGUAACCAAGGAAACCACCACCUUCAAACCAGAAAUGCCAUCUUCUGUGCUUUUGGAGGUUCCAGCCUUGGCGGACUUCAAUAAGGCAUGGGCAGAACUCACUGACUGGCUUUCUCAACUGGAUCGAGAUAUAAAAUCUCAGAGAGUGAUAGUAGGUGAUCUUGAUGAUAUCAACGACAUGAUCAUCAAACAAAAGGCAAUACUACAGGAUCUGGAGCAAAGACGUCCCCAGCUGGAUGAACUAAUAACUGCAGCACAAAAUCUAAAAAACAAGACGAGCAAUCAGGAGGCCAGAACUAUAAUUACUGACCGCAUUGAAAAGAUACAGAGCCAGUGGGAUGAAGUGCAUGGACGCCUCCAAAGCCGGAGACAACAGCUUCAUGAAAUGUUAAAGGAUUCAGCACAGUGGCUAGAAGCUAAACAAGAAGCUGAGCAGGUUCUUGAACAAGCAAAAGCUAAACUUGAGUCAUGGAAAGAAAUUUCCUACACCGUGGAAGCUCUGAAAAAGCAGAAUACGGAGCUUAAGCAAUUUGCAAAAGAAAUACGACAAUGGCAAAUAAAUGUAGAUGUGGCAAAUGACAUGGCACUUAAGCUACUCCGUGAUUAUUCAGCAGAUGACACCAGAAAAGUAAAACUGAUGACAGAUAACAUUAAUGCAACGUGGGCUGCCAUUAAUAGGAGGGUUUGUGAGCGUGAAGCUGCACUGGAAUCGGCUCUAAGAAUGUUGCAACAAUUCUACCUGGAUCUUGAGAAGUUCCUUACUUGGCUUACAGAAGCUGAAACAACUGCAAAUGUCCUGCAGGAUGCUACACACAAAGAAAAGGAUGCCAAAAUGGCUCGGGAGCUCAUGAAACAGUGGCAAGAACUACAGGCGGAAAUUGAUGCUCAUACUGACAUCUUUCACAAUCUGGAUGAAAAUGGGCAGAAAAUUCUGAGGUCCCUGGAAGGCUCUGAGGAUGCAGCCCUGUUACAGAGACGCCUGGAUAACAUGAACCUCAGAUGGAGUGAUCUUAGGAAGAAGUCCCUAAACAUUAGAUCCCAUUUGGAAGCCAGUACAGACCAGUGGAAGCGUUUACAUCUCUCUCUUCAGGAACUUUUGGCAUGGCUGCAAUUGAAGGAGGAUGAAUUAAAGCAGCAAGCACCCAUUGGUGGAGAUCUUCCCACUGUGCAGAAACAGAAUGAUAUUCACAGGACUUUCAAGAGGGAGCUGAAAACAAAAGAACCUGUUAUCAGGAGUGCGCUUGAGACUGUGCAAAUCCUCUUAGCAGAGCAGCCUGUGGAGGGACUGGAGAAGCUCUACCCAGAACCAAGAGAGCUGCCACCUGAGGAAAGGGCCCAUAAUGUCACAAAACUUCUCCAAAGGCAAGCAGAUGAGGUCAGAACUGAGUGGGAUAAGCUGAAUCUACAGUCUGCUGAUUGGCAGAAGAAGAUAGAUGACGCUCUUGAAAGAUUGGAGGGCCUUCAAGAGGCGAUGGAUGAAGUGGACCUAAAACUACGCCAAGCUGAAGUGUUCAAGGGAUCCUGGCAGCCAGUAGGGGAUCUGCUAAUUGACUCUCUGCAGGAUCACUUAGAAAAAGUCAAGGUUUAUCGAGCAGAAAUAGUACCGCUCAAAGAAAAAGUGCAUCAUGUCAAUGAGCUCGCUCACCGGUUCACUCCCUCUGAUAUUCAACUCUCUCAGUACAACCUCAGCUGUGUGGAAGACCUGAACACAAGGUGGAAAGUGCUGCAGGUGGCCAUUGAUGAGCGCAUCAGGCAACUGCACGAAGCUCACAGGGAUUUUGGCCCUACUUCCCAGCAUUUUCUUACCACUUCUGUCCAAGGCCCCUGGGAGAGAGCAAUCUCACCAAACAAAGUGCCGUAUUAUAUCAACCAUGAGACGCAAACGACCUGCUGGGAUCAUCCCAAGAUGACUGAGCUUUACCAGUCUUUAGCUGACCUGAACAAUGUCAGGUUCUCAGCGUACAGGACUGCCAUGAAACUCCGCAGGCUGCAGAAAGCUCUCUGCUUGGACCUCCUGAGUCUUUCUGCUGCAUGUGAUGCCUUGGACCAGCACAAUCUCAAACAAAAUGACCAGCCGAUGGAUAUUCUGCAGAUCAUUAACUGCUUGACCACCAUUUAUGAUCGACUAGAACAAGAGCACAAUAACCUCGUCAAUGUUCCUCUCUGUGUGGACAUGUGCCUCAACUGGCUGCUGAAUGUCUAUGACACGGGCCGAACAGGAAGGAUCCGUGUCUUAUCUUUCAAAACCGGUGUUGUAUCCCUUUGCAAAGCACACCUGGAAGAUAAAUACAGAUACCUGUUCAAGCAAGUGGCAAGCUCCACUGGCUUCUGUGACCAGCGCCGACUGGGGCUCCUGCUGCACGACUCCAUUCAGAUUCCUCGGCAGCUGGGGGAAGUGGCCUCUUUCGGGGGCAGCAAUAUCGAGCCGAGUGUCAGAAGCUGCUUCCAGUUCGCCAACAACAAACCAGAGAUUGAAGCAGCCCUUUUCCUGGACUGGAUGAGGCUGGAACCACAGUCUAUGGUGUGGCUGCCCGUCUUGCACAGGGUGGCUGCUGCUGAGACCGCCAAACACCAAGCGAAGUGUAACAUCUGCAAGGAGUGCCCAAUUAUUGGAUUCAGGUACAGAAGUUUAAAGCACUUUAACUAUGACAUCUGCCAAAGUUGCUUCUUCUCUGGCCGUGUGGCAAAAGGUCAUAAAAUGCACUACCCCAUGGUGGAGUACUGCACACCAACAACUUCAGGAGAAGACGUCCGUGACUUUGCCAAGGUACUAAAAAACAAAUUUCGAACAAAAAGAUAUUUUGCAAAGCACCCACGAAUGGGCUACCUGCCUGUGCAAACUGUCUUGGAGGGAGACAACAUGGAAACUCCUGUUACUCUGAUCAACUUCUGGCCAGUAGAUUCUGCGCCUGCCUCGUCCCCUCAGCUUUCACAUGAUGAUACUCAUUCACGCAUUGAACAUUAUGCUAGCAGGCUAGCAGAAAUGGAGAAUACCAAUGGUUCUUAUCUAAAUGACAGUAUUUCACCUAAUGAGAGCAUUGAUGAUGAACACUUAUUAAUCCAGCACUACUGCCAAAGUCUGAACCAGGAGUCCCCCCUGAGCCAGCCCCGAAGCCCUGCCCAGAUCCUGAUUUCUCUGGAAAGUGAGGAGAGAGGUGAAUUGGAGAGAAUCCUCGCAGACCUGGAGGAGGAAAACAGAAAUUUGCAAGCAGAGUAUGACCGUUUGAAGCAACAGCAUGACCACAAAGGACUGUCUCCACUGCCGUCCCCACCGGAGAUGAUGCCAGUUUCUCCACAAAGCCCACGGGAUGCUGAACUCAUUGCGGAAGCCAAGCUGCUUCGCCAGCACAAGGGCCGCCUGGAGGCCAGGAUGCAAAUUCUGGAGGAUCACAACAAACAGCUGGAGUCACAGCUGCACAGGCUGAGGCAGCUGCUGGAGCAGCCACAGGCAGAUGCCAAGUUGAAUGGUACAACACUGUCAUCUCCUUCUGCCUCUUUGCAGAGGUCAGACAGCAGUCAGCCAAUGCUUCUUCGUGUAGUUGGCAGCCAGACUUCAGAAACCAUGGGUGAGGAUGAGUUGCUCAGCCCUCCCCAGGACACAAGCACAGGUUUGGAGGAAGUGAUGGAGCAGCUGAACAACUCCUUCCCCAGCUCCAGAGGAAGAAAUGCCCCUGGAAAGCCAGUGAGAGAGUGGGGACAGUGGCAGCUCACUGAUCUGCAUUUUCCUACAUCCUCCCAGAGGUGGAAACUCAGGAAUGGGGAGGAGAAAACAGUACAUUAAAAUUAAACCUCUGUAUGAUAAAUGUGGUAAGCAGCUAUGCUGCAGUCAUUGACUUGUGUUCUGUUGCUCUUGUAUGUAAGCAGAACAGGGAGACCCAUGUCUCUUGUCCUGCUUACAUAUUCACAAUUGUAUGUACAUACAUGUGCCAAUAUACCAACCGUCAUCUGCAGUUACUAAACAGUUUUUUUUCUUUUUCUUUAGAACAGUGAGAGUUGAGAGGUAUAAGAGAUUCAGGUGUUUUAAUUUCCUGGUAUAUAUAUAUGAAGAAUGCUACUAACAUUCACCAGCUCCACAGUGUUGUAUUGGCAAUGCAAAUGGGCGAUGGUUUUCACUGUGUGCUUUGGACACGGUUGGUUUGCUGCAAAAUAGAUUCUAGAAUUUAUACUUCACUGCUUGUUAAUGGAGGAAAACGUUUUGCGCUGUUGUCAUAGUACCUUUGAAAGUACUUCCAGAGAGCCUUGAUUUUUUCCUCUGUGAAGCUGCUCUUCACUCGCCAACCAGGUACAAGGUUUGAAAGCUGAAUUCCUAGUGAAAAUUAUUAUUAAAGAUGAAAUAUUCAGAGGCUGCCUGAGUGCAAUUGCAAGUAGCUGUGAAAUGACCUUUCAUGCACAGAUGAUGUUCAGUGUGGAUGAGGCAGAAAUUGAAGGGUAACCCGGUCUGCAAACUUCUGCUGGUGCAGAGAGUGGGGCUCAUGGAAGCACACUGCCCUGCGGUUUUUGGCAGUGCUGCUGUGAACCCCCAGUCACUGACAGGCUGCCCUGGGUAAGCCAGGAUUUGUUCCAGUGUGGUACCUUGAAAUAUAGUGGUUCUCUGCAUUGGCUGUAGGAACUGGCACAGGUCCAGACACUUCUAGGUAUAAGAGCCUCGGUGUGGUUAAGUCUGUCCUCAAAUGGCAGGUCCUCUCUCAUAUGGAUCAAAAAUAGGGUGCUUGGGAUGUCAUUUACAGAACUGCACCAGUCCACAAAUUUAAUGGAAAUUAUUUAAUUUUCAGCCCUACAUAUUCUUGGCUCAUACAGCCAGAGAAUUGUUCUCCAGCUCAGCAAAGCAGGUUGUUGAUUUCUAGUAUCUUCAUUCAGAUUUAUGCAUAUUACUCAGAAAAAGCUUCUGCUGCUGAAUGCAUACUUGAUACAAUUAAUGAAAAAUAAUAAACAAACAGAUAGGAAAAUGUACAUGCCUUGCCUGAUCAGAUUCCAGCAGUUUAAUCCUAAAAAAGUUGACUUCAGUGAAUCACUCACCACUCACUCUCCAGCUGUACUUGUUAUCACUGAUGGUUCCAGAAGGGGCUUGGUAACUUGCAGAGCUGAAUAUAAAACGCCAUUCUCCAUCUGAUUAUGAAGUGUAUGAGCUAAGGUAUAGAACAAUUUUUGCUUUAUGUACAACUCCAUUUGCACAAAAGCAGAUCAUGCUGUUUUAAACCCACCCUGCCAGGUUUUGAUCCCAUUACUCACAUUAGGUGUUGUUUUCAUGUGUAAUCCCAUGGAUUUUGUAGCAUUAUUCAAUAUGAAUAAGGAAAUCAAAAUCCAAGUUACCAGCAGGAAGGAUUUUUCUCUUGACAGGGAAGGGUUAGAAAUCUGCUACAAAAAAAAGGCACUGCAUUGUGUUUGGGUUUAUUAAUUUACUUUCUGUCCAUUCUUUCAAGUCUGAAUGCUUUUCAUUUAUUUCUCUGACAAGCUGUAGUGUAAGAUUGUCAUUCAGUUCCUGUGCCGUCACCCAAGGGCCUUAAUUCCAGUAGAGCCUCUAAAGCAAAUUCAGCAGAUGUGAAACACAUCACUCUGCAUGUGACUAGAAGUGAUGUAGUUAGUGUCUGCAGAAAUAGGUGCUUCUUCAAAGCAAACAUACCUGUGUUAAUAGUCCCUCCGUUUUAUAAGUCUAAGUUAAUACUGUCCAUGUCCACUUUGAGCUUUAUUGCUGUAUUUCAAAGUGUGUGCUAUUUUUUUAUUAUACAGUAGCUUCUCUUAACCUUUCAGUGCCUUAAGCAUGGAGAAAACUUUUUCAGCUUUAAUGUUUUUAAAAAAACAAAACAGAAUUGAUGCCUUCUUCGGUGGCGUUACUUUAACAAUAUCAAUAAUAAUGAGUGUACAGCUAUGAUUUAUAUUUUUCCAAGUGAUUUUAGGACAGUAUUUUUCUCAUUUGCUUGUUAAUCAAAAAUGUCAGUGUCCUGUGUUUCAGUCUUAGAGAGGGCAAGUAAGCAGUAUUCAACAGAAUAAAUAGAGCUAUAUAAAACCAGUGAGUACAUCUGAGCCAUUAUUUAGGUAACAGGCACUAUAGAAAAGGGUGCAUUCAUUGCACAUACAGUACCAGUACAUCAUGGCAUACGUUCACCAGCUGAGUGGCUGGAGCACUGUUGCACUGCCCUCUCUUCUGGCGUCCUCCAUCCCACAAUUGUCCCAAAGACUACUGUCAACAAGCUGUUGCACUUUACAGUCCAGCUAUUAACAUAAACUGCAGUCAGCAGAUGUUUAUCGUCAUGCUCUGAGCUGUAAAGUAGGAUGGCUCGGGAGAAGAUACACAAUUGUUCAGGUUUUCUGCAGUGGAAAUUAAGACCUGUGCUAGAGAAGUAGCAUGGGUGGUGUGGGGUAGAGGGAGUUGUGUCUCCUUAAUCACCCCAGCGUGCCUCUGUGCCGCUUCUGUGGAGAGAGAUCGGAUUUGAACCAUGGUUAUUGCAAAACUAUGGCAGCAAUUAACAGAGAAAAGAAAAAAAGACUAACAGACUUUCCUGUAAUUUUUAUGGAUUAAAAUACCUGGUGAUCCCUGGAUGCAGAAGGUCUUCUUGGCCUGUGUUUUAGUUACCUGAACAAUUUAGCAGUUUGUACCUACUGUGGGAUACUUCUGAGAGACUUUUUUUCUACAUUUUUGAUUGCAGUUAUUCUUUCUACGCCUAGCCUCUUUCUAUAAAACCAGCUUGCCUUUGUUACCCUUACAGCUCUGUAUCUGACA